GGGGAGCCUCCGCAACGCACAAGAACGACGGGCGCAUCAGACCCAGUGAACACCUCAACCCCACCAUCUCUUUCAUCCUGUCAGAGCAAUGCUGUUGGAUGAUUAUGCGCCUUGGGGGAGAAAGGAGGGGAGAUGACAGGAGGGGUGGGGUGGAUUCUGACGGAGGAGUCGGGAUGGCUUCACGUACUUGUCACUAAUGUGGCACUCUUAAGAUCCAGCUGCAUUUGGACAUGUUUUCAUUGAGCUUGUUUAUGGACUUCUCUCUGGUUAGAUUAUCUUGAAGUGUCCGUGAGCUGCUGGAACAAUGAAUGAGGGAAAUGAAAGCGUGUGUUUGAACAGGUCUCUGACUGAGAUGGACAGCUUCAGCAACCUGGAGGACAUCGACGUGACAGCUGACGGGAGCCCGAUUCUGAGAUUCCUCAUCUGCCUGGUUUAUUCUGUAGUCUGCGCUGCGGGUCUGAUGGGCAACCUGCUGGUCCUCUUCUUCAUCAGGGUCAAACAAGAGAGGAAGAAGUCCAGGGUGAACUUCUUUGUGCUCAACUUGGCAGUGACGGACCUGCAGUUCGUGCUCACUCUGCCCUUCUGGGCUGUGGACACCAUGCUGGACUUCAGCUGGCCGUUUGGAGACGCCAUGUGUAAAAUCAUCCUGUCGGUCACCGUGAUGAACAUGUACGCCAGCGUGUUUUUUCUCACUGCCAUGAGUGUGACCCGCUACUGCUCAGUCGCCUCGGCUCUGAAGAACAGAACCGUGCAUAAGUCCUGUUCCACCAAGUGGAUUUGCGCAAUCAUUUGGACACUGGCGACUCUGGCGACUGCGCCGACGUCGAUUUUCUCAACUGUCAGCAACGUAACCGGAGAAAAACUCUGUUUGCUGAGGUUUCCAGGUGGGCAGUACUGGUUAGCAGUUUAUCACAUACAGAAAAUACUUGUAGGUUUCGUAUUGCCGAUGUCCAUCGUGUCCAUCAGCUACAUCAUGCUGCUGCGUUUCAUCCGCAACCGGAGUAUGAAAACAAGCAACCCCAAACGGAGAUCCCAAGUUACAAAAUCUAUCACCAUCGUCGUGUUGUCCUUCUUCCUGUGCUGGAUGCCAAACCAUGCCAUCACCCUGUGGAGUGUGCUGGUCAAACUGAACGCAGCAAACUGGGACAGAGCAUACUACAUAGUGCACACAUAUGUGUUCCCACUGACCGUCUGUCUGGCGCACACCAACAGCUGCCUGAACCCCAUUAUUUACUGCCUCAUGAGGAAGGAGUUCAGAAACAAACUGAGAGAUCUGAUGCGCAGAGGAUAGUGGUUGAGGAUGAUCUGACAGAGCGGGAAGCGUAUUGACAAACAGCAAACGAGACGCACCGAGUGCGCACGGCGAAAAAAAGGCAUGGAGUGAGAGAGGAGAGCUGUCAGAAAGCACAAUGAGGACAGGCGACAUCAUGUUAAGACUAUUUACUGUAUUCUGCUUAAGGAAACUGUGACCUUUAUUAGCGCUUCUUGUAUUUAAAUGCUUGCGUAAUGUGGCUCAUGUCUAUGGAGAAACCACUGCUAGUUUAGGGCUGUACGCAUAGGAAUAGCUAAUUAUGUGUAAAAAAAAUUAUUAAACUGACGACUACAGUGCCAUUGCUUGGUAAAUAACCAUUAGGAGUGACGUAUCUCUAGUCCACAGUCUAAGUGACUGCAUGUGUCAUUGCUCAUGACAGUUAACCACGCAUCCAUGUGCUCGUGUCAUAACUGAACAGGUGGAGUAGCUGAGCGCGUUUUACAUCCAUCUGUGAAUGUCUUAGCAAAUAAUGUAACCAGUGAACGAUACGUGUGUUUAUCAGACAGUAAUGGAUGCAAACAUCACGCCAUCACUUGCUUAAGAAAAGGGAGGAAAGGUUACAGGUCGUGUUUGUAAGACAUGAAUAAGUUAUUGACAACAGUGUUCCAAGAAUAUUUGGACAAUAAAAUGUAUGAAAUAUGAUUGUAAAUAAAAAAAAAAACUGUAUACAUUGUGUGUGAUAAUAAAAAUGAGAUCAAGUUGUCACAUGGA